GUGCCAAUCAACCGCCAAAUCUAACAGUAUUAGCAAGCACAACACCGACCACGCCCACCCAGCGCCAGCCCAAAUCGGCAGCAGCCCUCAGCCAAACACUGUACGCCGUGAAUGUUGCCAGUGGCAGCGGCAGCGGCAGUGGCAGUGGCAGCGGCAGCGGCAGCGGCAGUGGCAGCGGCAGCGGCAGUAGCGAUAACAGCGACCUAAUGAUACGACUGCGCGAAUCCAUCAAACAGAAAGAGGAGUUUCUGAAAUCGCCGUUACCCUCAGGUGUGAUGUCUGCCUCGUCGUCCGCCUCAGGCAGCGCCUCCUCCACAUCCAACGGCAACGCGUCGCAGUCAAUGCCGCAAAAGCAACAAGCGGCGCAGCACUUUUUCCCAUCGCAGACGCCACCAGGAGGCGGCAACGUUGCACCACGCGUGCGCCACCAAGUGCUGCACAAACAGCAGCAGCAGCAGCAGCAGCAGCAUCACCUCCACCACCACCUCCAGCAGCAGCAUCAGCAGCAGCAGCAAGUUGUGCUCGGCUACGACAUGUACAAUAGCUAUACGAGCAGCAAGCUGGCGCCUCGGUCCUUGGGUGCACUGCCGGCGCAGCCACGACAGGUGGCUGUCAGCGUUGCGAACAACAAUGCCAAGUACGGCAAUGAGUUAGACUACUUUGAGACGCUGCAGGAGACGGGCGUGACCAACAAGGUAUUCGAGCGCAAGCUGGUCACACACAUGUCGAAAGGCUUUGAUCCAUUUAAGCCGCUGUCCAUCAAUACCAACGCCAGUGGCGCCGCCGAAGCGAGCAGCGCCGCCUCCGUUGCGUUAGCCAAAAAGCAGAGCGUUCUAUACGAGUCACUGCAACAGCAUCCGCUGCACCAGAUGCAGGCCAAGUACCAGCAAAGCAGCAGCUCCGGCGGCACCAGCGCCGUCGAUGGCCAGAACACCAGCCGCAUGGAGCUGCACAAGGCGACGGUAGCGAACGCUACCUUCGAGUCGACGCCAAGCAAGUUCAGCAGUGUUCCGGAGCACCAGCAGCCCAGCGGUAGUGCCUCCCAUACGGUUGCCACCUUGGCGGACAUUGCCGAGAGCAGCGCCGCGGCCAUUGUGGACGCGGCCACAGCGUCGGCGAAUGUGGUGCGGCGGUACAAGCCGCUCUCGUCCAGCUCCUUUGACGAGGGCAAGCCGGUGCGCCGGAUCUCGUAUCUGCGUGCCACCAACAACGAGACGGAAUACCAUGCGGAGCCGGCAGCGGACAGCGGGGCAGCGGGCGGUGCUGGUAGUGCUGGUAGCACGGCGGCAGCUGUUGUUGCGGCAGCAGCCGCGGCAGCCGCAGCGGCGUCCGUCGUGGAGCCGCACAAGACAAAGGCCCUGGUGGAGGAGCAUCCAGACCCGACAUACGAUGUGAUCGGCACUACCGGCGCCGGGCACGAGUUCAUCGAGACACCCAACGGCCUGGAGGAUGUGCGCCUGAGCGCGCACCAUGGCAAUCGGCGUGCCUCGAUCAGCAGCGAUAUGCGCAGCAGCAUCCACAUCGAUGCGGAACUGAACGGCAAGUACGUGCCCAACGAGCUGGAAGCCUUCGAGACGGAGAUCGAGAUCAAGUCGUCCUGCAUCAAUGGCAAGCGCAUGUCGGAGUAUCGAUCGUGGCGUCAGGUGAAACUGGAGAUCAAAGGCGACAUUCUGCGCAUUUACUCUGGUCGCCAUUCCAAGUCGGAGCACAAUGUGAUAGAGCUUGAUAUUAGAAAUUUUAAAUUCUUUGACGAGUCGCUGGACAAAAAGAAGUUCUUGAUACGCAUGCAGUCCAAGCCGAGCGCCAGCGGCGCCCACUUGGCCACGUUGGGCAACGAGCUCAAUUUGGAUGAUGCGCACGAUAAGCUGACGUCGUCGGGCAGCAGCAGCGCCGCCGAGCCGCAAACGCCGGCAUCGACGGCCCCCUCCUGCGGCCCCUACACCGAAAUUCUUUUCAAGACCAAAAACAGCAACGAGAUGAAGCGCCUCUUUGGCCUGCUGCAGUGGAAGGAUAGUCUUAACUAUGAUGAUAUUGAGCAGCCGGCGGGCAAACAGCUGGCGGAGCCACAGAAGACAGCAGCCACGUCCAGCUACCUGGACGAUGUGGCCGGCGCUGCGGACAGCUCGCCGUUGAGCUCGCACUCGAGCGGGGCCCUGAUGGAGGGACCUGUGGCGGCGACAAUAGCGGCAGCUGCCGUCACCAAUGACGCCAUCUCGCCCGUGAUGAAGCUGCGCAAGCCCUCCUCCCACAAGAAUGUGCCAGAGAAGGACUUGGGCUCGCCCAAGUCGAAGAACUGGAAGGACUUGCUCUUCCGACGAGGCGGCGGCGGCGGCAGUGGCGGCGGCGUAUCCCAUGCCGACCUGGCCUCACCCUCGGGCUGUGCCAACAAGACAGGCGGCUCCAUUGGGCUGCCCCUGCGCGCCUGUCCCAUGUCCAAGAACAAUGCGUACGUGCCGCAUCUGGUGGAGGUGUGCACCAACAUUGUGGAAACCAAAGGCCUGGGCGUGGUGGGCAUCUAUCGCAUACCGGGCAACAAGGCGGCCAUCUCUGAGCUGUCCGAGCUGGUGAACACCAAGGACUUUCAGUUCGAGAGCUGUGCCACCGACGUCCGGUGGGAGGAUGUGAAUGUGGUCAGCAGCUUGCUGAAGCUGUUCAUACGGAGCCUGCCGGAUGCCCUGAUGCCCGCCAGCUUCUACAUCAACUUCAUUGAGGCGGACAAGAAGACGGGCAUGGAGCGGAUAAUGCUGCUCAAGGAUAUUGUGGAGCUGUUGCCGCGCCAUCCGUACGAGACAAUGAAGCAUCUGAUACGGCACCUGUGUCGCGUCAGCGACAACUGCGAGGUGAAUCGCAUGGAACCGAAGAAUCUGGCCAUUAUCUUUGGCCCAUCCAUUAUACGCACACCGAACGACACACUGGAGACGGCCGUCAAGGACAUGAAGCAUCAGUGUCGCAUUGUCGAGCUGCUUGUCACGCAGUACGAGUUUUUCUUUGAGGGCGGCAGCCUGCCGGACUUGGCGGAGCUGAGCGGCGGUGCGGCCGCGCCGAGUCCUGCACAGCCGCAGCAGACGCAGGAGGACCAAACGAGCAUGCUGCUGCACAACCUGUCCAAGAUUGAGCGCAUCACAGAGCGCGAGACGCGCUCCUCACGUUUCAUUCCGCAGCUGCGUAGGCGAACCCACGGCAAGCGCAGCGCCGUCAGCUCGGACACGUACUCGGGCGAGAGUGUUCUGGUAAGCGGCAGUAGCCAAGCUCAGCACAAUACCCACUGCACCACCACAAACACCACCAAUACCAAUACCACCACCACCACCACAACCACCAUCCGCACCAACAACCAAAGACGAAUGCAGCGCAAGGCUGUGCAAAGCAUUUGCGAUUUUGGCCUAAUCCUGCCCGCUGUUCACUUUCAGUCGCUGGACUACGCCAAGGUAUCAGCGAGCAGCACCACCAGCACCAGCAGCAGCUCCACGCUGCACAGCAGCAAGACCAGCACCACCAGCAAGCUGCUCAGCUCGGCGAUGGGCUCGUCCGCCUUCACGUCGUCGUCGAGCUCAGCGAAGGCGGCGGCAGCCAGCACCAAGAAGCGCAGCACCGGCGGCUUCCUCUCCAGCUCCAGUUCGCGCAGCGGCCAGACGCGCAAGGCCAGCCUCGACGAGAAGGAUCUGGCCAGCGUCGACUCGGCCAGCAGCAUAGGCAAGCACGACCAACAGCAGCGCAGCAGCGUGGACAUCUCCAUACAGCUCACCGACGACGAUUCCAGCAGCCGGCUAAGCGAUACGGGUUCGAUGUCGCUGACCACCAUCACGGACACGCUGGACAGCAAGCUGCGCAAUCUGCGCAGCGGCUCGGAGUCGAACGAUGAGAACGGCUCGCCGGAGUUUCCGAAAAAUCGACGACACACGCUCGGGCAGCCGCUGCACUUGCACUCCGAGAACAUUCCGUAUGCGGACGAGUCGCCGGAGCGGCUGUUCCACAACUUCUGCGCCCUGGACGCGCCGCACUCGCUGCUGCUGAGCCGCUCGUGCACGGCCACCAACACGCUGGGCGAGGCCAAGGACGAGAAACAUCUGCAGCUGAUGCUGAAGCCGACGGUGGCGCCGCUGCCGGCCAGCCUGCUGAAGGCGGCGCACAAGCUGCAGCACUCGGCCACGGCGCCCAUCCAUCAGGGCAGCUCAACGGCGCCGGCUAGUGGCGCCGCCACGCCCACCGCCGGCACCGGCACCGGCUCAAGCAGCGCCUCCACACCGCUGGCUGGCACGCCCAGCUCGCAAACGGGCAACGCGGGCAGCGCGAUGCAACGCAACUCGUACGGCAGCAAGAACUUGCGGUUCAGCAGCUCGCUGGCCUACGAGCAACGCGGCGGCACUGGUGACGCCGGCUCCGAGGACGACUCGGAGGGCUCCACCACCAGCGACCCCAAGGAGAAGCUGCUGAUGGCCGCGCCCUCGCCAUCGUUUUUUCUCGAGCGCUACAAUAAAAAGCGACGCGAUCAUCGACUCUUUCGCAGCGCCAGCUUCAACUGCCGCAACUACUCGACCCGACACAUGAGCAGCAGCAACUCCAGCACGGCGGCUGCUGCGGCGGCCGCCGCCUGCUGCUCGCCCACAUCGUCGUCGUCGUCGUGGGCCCAUGCCGCCGGCGCGCUGACCAAGGAUGAAAAGACUGACAUGAAUCUGACCAAGAAGCGGCAGAUACAAAACAAACAGAAUCGCUCAAUCAAGCGGCGUCAUACGGUGGGCGGACCGCACGACUAUGCGGCAAAUAACGGUGUUGGCGGUGGCGGUGCAGGUGGUGCCUGUAGCGGUGGUGCUGGCUGCGGCGGUGCCUCACGGCACGAUCUGACGGCCAUCAACUACAAUCAUCACAAUCGCCAUCACAAGCAGCAGCUGCUCAAACUGGGCAGCGCCGCAGCGGGCGCGAAUGGCGCUGCUGCGGCCGAGACGACAACCACAACGACCACCACCACCACAGUAUUGCGCAGGCUGGGCGCCACAGCGACCAGUGCGAGUGCCAGCGCCAGUGUGAGUGGCGUCACAGAGGCCAAUGUCGUGCUGCCCGUCUCUGGCGCCAGUUCGAGCAACAACAACAACAACAACUCGCCACUGAGCGAUGGCAGCAACGGCAACAGCAACGCCAGCGGCGGCGGU